AUGACUAUCACUACUACUCCCGCUGAGCCAUGGCAGGCAAUAGCAGCCAGGAAGAGAGAAGAGGCUGCAAGUAAAAUCCCGGUCGAGUGGACGCUGCCGUCCAAGUAUACAGAGGGCGUCAACGAAACAUCCACCGCCAGCGUCCUUCAUGUCCCUAGAGAGAGUGGCCUGCUAUCUGCCACUGAACUCGAAAUCACCGAGAAAUACGACGCCGUCGACUUGCUUAAAGCGAUUGCUGCGGCCAAGUUCACUGCGCUCGAGGUUACAGUGGCCUUUUCCAAGCGAGCAGCGAUUGCGCAGCAGCUGACACAAUGCCUCACUGAGACAUUCUUUGACGAGGCAAUUGCCCGUGCCAAAGAACUGGACGAGUACUUUGCACAGACUGGCAAGCUCAAGGGUCCCUUCCACGGUCUGCCGAUUAGCCUCAAGGACCCGUUUAAUGUCAAAGGACAGAAGACCACAAUUGGGUAUGUCUCGUUCAUCGGCAAGCCAGCUGCUGCGAGCAACGCACCGUUGGUGGACAUUCUGCUCGAGCUCGGUGCCGUUCUCUACGUCAAGACGAACAUCCCCCAGACCAUGAUGUCUGCCGACUCGCAAAAUAAUGUCUUUGGCCGAGUCCUCAACCCCCACAACCCCAGCCUAGGAGCCGGCGGCAGCAGCGGAGGCGAAGGCGCCUUGAUAGCCCUGCGAGGCUCCAUUCUCGGCGUUGGAACAGACGUCGCCGGGUCAGUGCGCAUCCCAGCACUCUGCUGCGGCGGAUUCGGCUUCAAACCCACGGUCGGGCGUAUUCCUGAUGGCGGCCAGGGGUCUGGAGGGCGCAAGGGCAGUCCUGGUGUCGCCGCCUGCGCGGGACCACUGGCGACGACUCUCCGAGACCUAAAGCUGUUCAUGAAUACAGUCAUGGCGGAGAAACCUUGGAAUAAGGAUCCAGGCGCAUUGGCUGUACCUUGGAGGCCAUCUGCCACUGUGACGGAGGGUCCAUUGACCAUCGGGGUGGUGGGAGAGGAUCCGGUAUAUCCAUUGCAGCCGCCUGUUGUGCGGUCACUGAACGCAGCUGUGGACGCUCUCAAGAAGGACGGCCAUACGAUCAAGCUGCUUAAGAAUAUCCCAUCAAUUUCCGAUGCAGCAGCACUCGCUUUCAAUCUGUUCGCCUUGGACCCGAACAGUACACAUUACAAGCAUAUCCAUGCCAGCGGCGAACCCGAAGCACCCUCGUUGAAGGACAGUCUACCUGAUCUUUGGGACAAUAAGUACACAGUUGACGAUAUCUUCGACUUCAACGCCCAGCGCGCGGACUUCGUUGUCCAAUGGAAGCAGAUCUGGCUGGAGAACGGUCUGGAUGCGAUUGUCAUGCCAGGGCAUCGAAAGACCGCCGGGGCGCAUGAUACUUACGGUCAUCCUGCAUACACUGUUGUCUGGAAUCUAGUCGAUUGGCCUGCCUGCGUCAUUCCGUAUGGAAAAGUCGAUCCAGCGUUGGAUUCGGUGGAUGCAACCUAUGACCCCAGCCAAUAUGAAAACGCCCCGUGCUCGAUCCAGGUGGUUGCAAGGCAGUUCCAUGAUGAAGAGCUGCUCGGUGUAGCCAGUGUCAUCGGAAAGACCUUGGCAGGAUAG